ACAAUUGGAACGCGCCCUUGGUUGCCUUGGAUCCCAGAGCAAACGUGGCCUGAGCAAGUUCGCGACUGCACACGAAUCUACCAUCCGCCUCGGCGCAACUUCCACGUCUCCUGUGCAUCCGCAGCGCCUGCUGCCCUGCCCACAAGUGGUGCGCCUCCCCUUUUCCCGCCCUCGCCCUCCCACCCACCACAACAAACCAUCAACAUGGCCGUGUCGAUACAGGACCGCACCGACGAGUUCCGCUCUAUUCUUGCACAGGCUCAGCGGCGGCAAGCGCAAUCCAAGACGGGCGCGCAACGGCAGUCGCUCCUCACGGCACAAGAGAAGACACAGGCAGAUGCCAACCCCCGGCGUCAGCGCUCUGAAUUUGCGCGCAAUGCUGCAGACGUCGCGCGAGGUGUUGCGAGCACCAUGCAGAAGCUCGAGCGCCUUUCACAGCUGGCCAAGCGCAAGACGCUGUUCGACGAUCGGCCAGUCGAGUUUGACGAGCUCACCUUUGUCAUCAAGCAGGACAUGACUGCACUGUCAGGCCAGGUGCGGGCACUGCAGCAGAUGAACUCGAAGCAACACCCCAAGGCGAAACCCGGUGUGGAUCAAGAAGGAGAGCACAACGGCCAGGUCGUCAAGCUGUUAUCCGACAAACUAACCAACGUGGGAACCAACUUCAAGGAUGUAUUGGAGGUGCGGACAAAGAAUAUGCAGGCAUCGCGAUCCCGCACGGAGCAAUUCCUGUCAACAGCUGCGCAGCAAUCCCACAGCAACCUCGAGCCAGGCAGGACCGAUUCUCCGCUCUACCAAACACCCCAGCGAGGUCGAUCACCAGGAGGCUUCGGCCGGAAUACCAACGCUGCGCAGCAAGACCUGCUCUCGCUUGAGCCUUCUGGAUCGUCAGCUCUGACGCGAGGCGCACCGCAAUCGGACGCACAACUACUGCUCAUGGAAGAGGCCCAGCCCCAGAACGCAUACAUCCAAGAGAGAGGGCGAGCAAUCGAGUCGAUAGAGUCUACUAUUCAAGAGCUAGGAGGCAUCUUCAGCCAGCUCGCCCAGAUGGUGUCGGAACAAGGAGAACAGAUCCAGCGCAUUGACGCCAACACCGAAGACGUUGUAGACAAUGUCGAGGGUGCCCAACGUGAGCUGAUGAAGUACUGGAGCCGCGUGCAGGGCAAUAGGUGGCUUGUCGCAAAGAUGUUUGGUGUGCUAAUGAUUUUUUUCUUGCUUUGGGUGCUCAUCUCUGGGUAGAUUGCGCUUCAUGGCUACGGCAUUUUCAGGCGUUCAGGAAGAUAAGAGGCGUUUUCACCAGCUCGGUCUGGCAUCGAACUGGACAAGCAGCCAUUGCAUACGAUGCUGCGCACUUCUCACUUGUACCUAUAUAUUUCUUUUGUCGCAUGUUUCACUUUUGGGCCUGGCUUAUGAUCACCAUUACGUCAUAUGAGCG